CGUCUUCUCGCCCAGGAGGCCACAGCACAACAACCGCCCAAAGAGGAGAAUUUUCUUUACUCUGUAAAUGGAGGGGAGUAAGGGUUACGUGUGGGCAAUUUCAGCCGGUCUCAACGCUGCUCUUUCCGCCAUUGCAGCCAAACUUUUCUCCUAUACGUUCUUUAGGUACGGUCUGGUAAUUGCGUUCAACUUGGCAAUGUGGGGAUGUUAUGUCAAUAGCUUAAAAGCUCUCUCAUCAUUACAAGCUACAGGGACAAACUUUUCAGCUAACUUUCUUUGUUCUGGUCUAGCUGGUUUCUUUUUGUUCGAAGAAGCAUUAUCGUUUCAGUGGUUUGUAGGCGCCAUAUUGAUUGUAAUCGGCGUGCUGAUUUUGAAUAAAUCGAGCAUUGAGAAGAAGGAAAGCAAGGACUGAACUUUGCUCGUAGGUUGUCAUCAUUUUUUUCGUCUUGUAGCCCUGCUUUUGAACAUGAACAAGUUCUCUGAUUCUUGAAAGAAACGAAUGGUCAAAUUUGCAACGUGUUCGAAAUCAAGCCAUUUGAAGUUAUAGCAGGGUAGCUCCGUCAACGGCGGACAUUGUUCUCGACGUGCAGGUUCUUGAGAUGUGAAUUAAAGAACUAUCCAUCAUCUGCUCAAGUUUUCUCAGUUUCGAUUAUAGAAUUUAUGACUUCCUGUUUGAUAAGUAAUGCUCUUCAUUCUUCUACGCAAAUAUUUAACUAUUUGUUGGAAUGCAUUUGAAUUUUGAUAAA